AUGUGGUCACGUACGAUACUCACAUUUUUGAUCGCUCCCCUUGUUACAUCAGAGGAAAAACGCGUGACCUUCAGAGACUACAAUGCGUAUGCAGAUCGUGGAGGGUAUUACUUUCGCCAAACUAAUCUCAUAGUUUAUAUGCCUGACAUUGUACAGGACAUGAUAAAGCCAGCAGUGUAUCGCCAUGUAGCACUUGACCGCAACGGCAGCCUUCCAGGACCCCAAGACAGUCAUGGCAUGGAAGCAGACCACAUCACAGCCCUGGCCCGGCUCUUAGGUCAAACGACCGAUUCUGGUCUUCCUAAAGCUUCCUGGGUUCGCUCAUUCAGUGUUCAAAAACAUUCCGCGAAAUACUGGAAAUCCAAGGAAUUACGGAAGAAGGCAUUGUCCGACCUAGUCUUCCAUAUGAAAAACCUUCGCGAAUUCUGUUGCCGCUUCGUCCUCAACUAUCCCACUAUGGCAUCCAUUGCACGUUCGCACGGAUCACAGCUUACAAAAAUGGUUAUGCAUCUCGGUGGGGACAUCCAUACAUCAGAACGCCUUCUACUCUUGAACCACUUUACGGCUCUGACAGAACUUCGCCUUAGCGUUUCCGACUCGUAUUCGAUUGAGAUCGAACCACUUGACUUGCCGAAUUUACGUUCACUCGAAUUGGUCACGGAACCGGCUACUGGCAAAUUAUUGGCUUGGCUCACCCACUGGAAUAUGCCCGUUCUUUCAGCUUUUGCUUACUUGAAACCACCUGAUCGCUAUUCGUAUGGAAUGCGCCACAAGCGUCUUCUGGCAGCUUUCAUGGCAAGACAUGGCGCUGGUUUGAAAACAGUAACCACUGACUGCAUUGCUCCAAAACUCACAGUUUUUCCCUAUACACCUUCGUUGGACAUAUAUAAGCAAUGUGCUAUACCGGAAGUCAUUGAAGGCCUUCCCAUAUCAGUGACGCAAAUUUUUACCUGCGAGUUUGGUCAGAACCUAGGUUAUCAGGUGCUGAGACUGGAGUGCCUAUUCCAGACAGUGCAAUCGCUGCCACCAGAACGCAGUCUGCAUACAAUCCGCAUGGUUUCGAGAGAUAAGUAUCUCGGUGGAUCGCCGUUUCUCUGGCGGGAAAAAAUGAAAUGGGCAGACACGAGAAGAAUCAAUACUUGGAAAGAUUUCAACAAGUAUGCAAAAGGACUGCUGGAGCUGGGUGUUUCAAUGUUAGAUGAGCAGAAUGUCGUUCUUACGGACGUCCUAGAGGAGAUGAAGCGAUCACAAGAGUCAAUCUGCAUGGAGGUCCUAGAGGGCGCGAUUGAUGCAUUGCUGGAAUCAGCAGAAGAAUAG